AUUGACGCUGCCACGAUGUACGGCAUUUUACUAAUAAUAGCAUUAGUCAUUAUUAUCGCACUCGUAGUCGGUAUACACCAAAAGAACACAAACGCAGUAUGCCUCUCCAGGAGAAGGUUAGAAGGAAAAACAAUAAUUGUCACGGGUGGAACAGCAGGAAUGGGCCUUGAAAUGGCCGUAGAUUUCGCCAACCGCGGGGCCAGGGUCAUCAUAGCCUGUCCUUUUGAAGACGAAGGUAAAAAUGCAAGAAACCUAAUCAUACAACAAACAGAAAAUCAGAACAUUGUAUUCAAAUUGUUGAACCUUGCAUCCUUAAAAUCUGUGCGACAAUUCGCUGCAGAUAUCCUGAAAAACGAAGAUCGGCUGGAUGUUUUAAUUAAUAAUGCAGGCGUCGGAGCGCCCAGAGAUAAGCUGACUCAAGAUGGACUGAACUUCAUCAUGCAAGUUAAUUACUACGGGGCAUUUUUAUUGACACUUUUACUCCUCCCUCUGCUCAUAAAGACAGGAAAACCAGGAGAACCAAGUAGGAUACUAUUAACAACGUCAGUGCUUCAUAGAAUUGGGCAAAUGGACUUUAAAAAUAUGAAUAAGACUGACUACUGGUACAAAAUACAGAUUUAUGGUAACAGCAAACUGUGCCUCAUACCGUUUGCUUCUGAACUAUCCAAAAGGUUGGAAGGGACGCAUGUCGUUGUGAAUAAUGUGGAUCCCGGAGCAGUUGGAACGAGAAUAUUUGAGUCUGGAAGCAAACUAUUAGGAUUUUUCCUAAGAAAUAUAAUUCUUAAUUUAUUUAAGACUCCAUGGCAAGGAGCUCAAACAGCGCUGUACGCUGCUCUAGAUAAGAAAGCUGGUGAAGUGAGUGGAGCGUACUUCCGCAACUGUGGCCUAACUAGAGCUGUGAACAGGGCGUACUGUGAAAAAACUGCGAAAAUAUUAUGGGAAGAAUCUGUGAGAUUAGUGCAAUUGACAAACGAAGAAGUGGAACAGUGUUUUAAGUCUUUAUGAAUUUGAGUUUAUGUAUAUAAUCAUAGGAGUGAGCGCAACGUGAUGAGAUAUUGUUAGUUUUGUAAAUGGAAUAUUAUGGGAGAGGACAGCAAAAUGAGUGGACGGAUCGACUGAUGGUAAGCAAUCAGCGCCACAUAUCAACAACCGAUUUUAGGGUAUUUGGGACUCACACACAUUGUCGCAAAACUCUCCAACUUAGAUGUAACCUAAGUUCAAUUCGACCUCGACAUUCGCCUAUUUAUGGUUUACCUAAUGAAACAGUAAAAGUACUUAAGUGGCUUAAUAUUAAUAUGAGUAAACAAUGAACAUUAAUAUGCUAUCCCGC